AUGGCAUAAUCAUAAAAUUUAACUAAAACUUAAUUUUAAGACUUAGAAAAAUAAAUAGAAAACUCAUUUAAGAAUAUUUUUUAAGCCCCCACAUUACUACGCAAAGAACAUUCAAAAAGUGAUAUCUAAUUGAAUGUUGAAAUGAUGAACUUUAUUUUAAAAUUUGCCAAUGAUGAACAAAUAGAAAUGGCAAUCAAUUUUUUUAGAAUUUUAACUAAGAAGGUUAAGCAUCACAUCUAGGAUUAUGUAGACUAUUUAUGAUUAGAUAGAUCAUUCCUUCUUUAAAUUGUCUGAAAUUUGAUGAUUAAUAAUAAGGGUGCUCAAACCUUGAAGUUUUCAUACAAAAUUAUUAGACAUUUAUAUAAAGAUCUAGAUAUCUCUUGACUUCAUUCUACUUUGCAGUAAAUUGACUUAUAUCUAUAUAUUUAGAUUAACCUUUUACAUCAGAAUAAUCUAUUGGAAACUCUAUAAAAAUAUUUGAGCUAUCUAUUUUUCGAAAGAUUAUGUUCAACUCAAAUUCCUAAAUAAUUAUUUAUGUGCUUUUUCUAACAAUUAGAUGCCGCAUAUACUCGAACAGAUCAUAAUUAAGAUUCCUGGAAGAAGCUUACUCUGGCCCUGAAAGAGUUUGGAGACAUUUUACUUAAUUAACAAAAGGCACAACAAAGCAUAGAGAUUAUACUAGAUUUUCCAAAUCACAUUUUUUCUCAUUUUUAAAAAAAAUAUUAAGGAUUAUUUAAUAGAUGGGUAGACGAAUGUGAAAUUCCACUUUACUUGAGAAGAGUUAAAAUGGAAAAGGAAUUAAAUAAUUAAAUACUAAAUUUUUAAAACAGUUCAAUAAAAUAAUAGGUUAAUUCACUUUUGGAAGAUCACCUUCUUAAGAACUAUAAAGAUGUUAUCUUAUCUGAAAUGAAGCCCUUUAAUUUAGGAUAAUUGCUUUAGAAUUUCAAAUAUGAGGCUCAGGAAUAUCAAAAUGAUUUAGAAUUAUUCAAUGAGUUAUAUUUAACUUUGGAUCCUAAUGAUUAAGAGAUAAAAUUGAAAAUUAAGUAGAAGAUCAUACAAGAGGGAACUCAAAUUCUAGAGAUGGUAAUAAAUGAAGAAAUAAAUUAAAAAUUGGCUCAUAGUUUUAUCAUUUCCAUGUUUUAAUUACUUCAGAAAUAUCUUAAAAUGAUUGAGACCUGUUUGUGCCAUAAUACAAAUAUUUAAUCUUUAUUAACAAGUGCAUUCGAAGAAUUACUUAAUUGUCAAAAUUAGGUAUCUCUAAAUGUAUUAUAGUUUUCUAGAAUAUAGAUUUUCAAGAAUACUUUGUAUUGUUCAUUGAAGAAGAAAUAGAGAAUGUGAUUAAAAACUAAAUUAGAAAUGAGUACUUAAUAGAUUCAAUUCAAUUAUUAUUGUUCAUGUCUGAAAAUUAAGAUUUCGCUUUAGUAAAUACAUAUGAAAUGAUUUUAGUAUUAUCAAAAUCGGUUAGCCUAAAGAUUAUUAAAAUACUAUCGAAUACUAUCCAAUCAUGAAUUUCUUUAGAUCUACUUGAGGACUGAAUCAUUAAUCAUCUAAAAAAUGUCUAGCCUAAUGGGAAAUCAGAAUACCUACCAUUUAUAAUCAAUGAUAGAAGAAUUCUAAAAUAAUAGUGACACCACCUUUGAAUUUAGAACGGAAGAUCAUAAGUUAUUGAUUGUUCAAUACCCUUUAUUAUUAAAACACCAAGAUUGGCCUAAAUUCAAAUAAUAACAAAUAGAAUUAAAUUAAGAAUUUUAAACAAUUAAUUAGCUAAAAUUGCAAUUUGAAUCAUAAUAAGAUUAAAAAUUAAUUAAUUGGAUAGAUCUGAUAUCUUAUGUUGAUAUUGAAUAUUCAAAAAUGUAAAUAACAUUCAGAAUUAGUAUUCCUUAAGCAAUGAUUUUAUUUUCAUAUUAAUCCUCAAAUGAAUUUAUGAGUGUUAAGAGGAUAUCAUCAAUCACAAAGCUAUAGGAAUAUUUUAUUUCAUAAAACUGUGCAGAGAUGAAGGCUGCAAAAAUCUUGGAAGAAGUCAUCCAGGAUGAUGUUGAACUAUAUAGAUUUAACGAAGAAUGGAUGGAGUAAGAAGCAACACAAAGAAGAAAAAUAAUUAUCGCAACUACCUAAAAUCCUUUUUUAUAUUUAAAAAAAUGUACAAUUUUUAUUAGAUUUGUAGCAAAAUAAAGGAAAAAUUUAUAAUUACCUAUAGAAGCCUUUAUUAUUAAAACCUUAAAGAACCAAAAACAAAUUUUGUUUUAAGAUUUGGUUCCUAUGUUAGAAAAAUUUAUAAAACGCACCUUUAAUGAGAGUGUUGAAUUAGUAUAGAUAACAGCUAUUGUUAAAUAUUUAUAUGAAAAAAAUUAUUUAGAAAAAGAUGAGUCUAAUCCAGAACUAUUGAAGUACAUUUGA